AUGGCCAAAAUACUGGACGGCAAGAUUGCAAUCAUUACUGGAGCUUCGUCAGGUAUUGGUCUCGCGACCGCCAAAGCUUUCCUCGACGCUGGUGCUUCAGUGCUAGGCGUCGACCUCUCCCCCGCACCCUCAUCCAUCACAAGCGAAGCCUUUGCUUUCCAUCAAGUAGAUCUCACCCUCCCCGCCGCUGCAUCCGCCAUCGUCGCCGCUGUCCGAUCCAGCUUCCCCGAAACCCAACGCAUCGACAUCCUCGUUAACAACGCCGGAAUCAUGGACUAUAACGCAGGUGUCGCCGCUGUAACUGACGAAACAUGGGACAAGCUUAUCGCGGUCAACGUGACUGCACCUGUGAAGUUGAUGAGGGAGGUUGUGAAUGUGAUGAAGGAGCAGGGAGGGGGGAGUAUUGUGAAUGUAGCGAGUAAGGCCGGAUUGAGUGGUGCGGCUGCCGGUGUUGCGUAUACUGCGAGCAAGCAUGCGUUGCUUGGUGUGACCAAGAAUACAGCGUGGUUGUACAAAGACGAGGGUAUUCGGUGUAAUGCCGUCUGUCCUGGAGCUGUGACCACGAACAUUGUUGCCAAUAUCGACCGAAGUAAAUUCGAUAUUCCAUCGUUCUUGAAAAUGAAACCCGUGCUUGAUACCCAUGUCAACAUGGAGACUAAUGAAGGAUCUGCCCCGCCGGAACGGUGUGCUCAAGCUAUUCUCUUCCUCGCUUCUGACCUUAGCACUGGUAUCACUGGUGCAAUUUUGCCUGUUGACAAUGGAUGGAGUGUCAUCUAAAUGCAGUGAUUUAUGGGCAUACCCGAGGCAUUGACUUUACAGAAUGGACUUUCGACGCGUGUAAAUGUACUGUACUAUAUUUCCUGGCCUUCAGUAGACGAUGUGAUAUC